AUGACCUCCACAACGGCGUUCGCACCGCUCCUUGCGGCCGUGCUUGACGACACUAUGGAAGUAUCCUUAUCUCCUGCUGGCAAUAGCUACGAUGACGAGGUUCUCAUUGAUUACGACGAUUAUGCUACGGCACCAUUCACCGAGGACGAGCCGAUGGUCGAAGACGGCGAACCGAUCAGACCCGGCACUGCCACGGAUCACAUGAUGGAAGAUGCGGAGCCCAGAUCUGAGGUCAAUGAAGAGAUGAUGCAUGAUGACCCUGUUGCGCCUGACACGUACAUUGAAGAUGAAGAGCUCAUCGACUACAGCGAUGACGAAUACCAGGACGAUACUCAGAUCGUACUGGACGAUGCCGCUGUCCCGAUCAUUGAGGAGGUUGAGAAUAGCUCUGCCGCACUCAUACCAAACGUGACUCACUCCCAGCCUGUAGAUGAAGCAGUCCCGCUGCUGCCUGUAGGAGCGGCAGUCGUGGAAGAGCCGACCUCCAAUUUUCUCUCAGCAGUCGCAGAGAAUGAUGCUUUGGAUGCAGACGCUGAUAAUGAAACUGCCCUCGCUGCCGCUCCUCUCGACGACGAUCAGGCAUUCAAUACAGAUCACCACGAUGCGGUCGAUGAGCUGUCUCGUCAAGUUGACGCCGAAGAAGCCGAGGAAGCCGCGGCACAGGAACUUGGAGUACAAGCCUUCAAGGCAGACGAGCCAGACUCUUAUGCGACCGAAGCAGAUGAGGUGGUCGCUCAAUCAACGAGUACCUCCGAUCGUCAGCAGCACGACGACGAGACACGAGAGUUGAAAGCCCCGCCCAAGUUCCCCUCCGGGCUCGAUACCACAGCCUACUUCGCACCAGACGGGCCUCAAACUCCGUCCGAUACGGGCAUACACCCCAUCACGAUUAGGUAUGGAGAUCUUGUGAUGCCUCUCUUCAAAUCUCGCGCUCAAAGCGACGGUCUGUUGAAGGACGAUAACCUGGCUAGCGUCAGUCUUGGCGAUCUGUUGGAUAAUUGUAGGCAGCGUCUCGCGCUCAAGGUGGGCGAGAGUAUAUCUGCCGAUCAGGAGCUCGUUCUGAGCUUCGAAAACAUGGGUCUACAGCUUGUCGAGCACUCCCCCCAUGCUUUUGGGACUAGUCUUGAUGACGUCCUCGGGGUAUAUCUGAAAUUGCACAGGAAUGAUGCCACUCAUGCCAUCCCGCCACUUGCCCUCUCUCUCUCCUUGCAACUAAAAUUUACAAGCAGUUUCAACAUAUUGAAAGCCGCAGCUGAGCAGGGAGAAGGCAUGUCAAAGUUCGCCUUUCUGCGUGGCGGCGCCGAUGAAUUGGACGAGUAUGAUCAAGAAGACGAAGAAGAUGAAGAGAAAGAUGCACAACAUGAAGAAUAUCAAGAUGGCGAGAAUGACGGCGAAGAAUAUCGAGAUGACGAGAACGAUGGUGAGGAGCACCCUUGCGAAGGUGAAGGUGCCUUCGCCGAUGACCAAGCAGAAGGAGAAGUAUCACAACACCUGGAAGAAGGUCAAGAGUACGAAGAGCACCAAUAUCCGGAGAAUCAGGAUGAAGACCCAGAGUAUAACGCCGAUCAAGCUGAAGAUGCCCCACAAGAUGACACCAACUAUGAGGAGUAUGAGGAGCACGAGGAGCAGCAGCAGCAGACGGGCCCCGAUGCUGGACUGGAGAACUACCGUGAUGAAGUCGAACUCCCAGGAGCAGAUGCAGACGAGAAUGAUGACCUGCCGAACGAUGACUCGCUCGAGUAUGAGCCCGAUCAAUCUGAUGAGCAUGCCGCUCAGGAGUCAGAGGAGCAAGUCCGACCAGAAUCCGCUGCAAGUUCAACGACUGUUCGUGGCGACCCCCCGAACGAUUCGAUUGAUCUGCAUGAGGACGAUGGAAAUGGCAAAUCCUCUGCUCCUGUCAGCGAGCACGAUGCGGAGGGCACCCCUGACGGCACGUCUGCCGAUGACAACGAACGACCUGUGGGCGGUAACAGCACAAGCGAGGCAUUCGCGCUUGCUUCCGACUCAGGAGGUCUUGAUAACCAGCAAGCCAUUGAUGACUUGGACGGUGAGGUGGCAGAUGAGAACACUGCUCCACAUGAGGCCCAAGCCGAAUCUGGCAAUAAUGUCGACCAGCACAAGCGGGAAGACGAUCCUCCCGCUGUCGCAGAAGAUCUGAACGAUGAUCUGAACGACGAUGACCUUCCAGCCGAGGAGGACGAGCAGCUGGAUGGCGAACAGCUCGACGCAGCAUUCGAUCUGCUCGAGGGUCACGAUUUUGAGCGUCCAGCAGAAAAUGGCGAAUCAGCCCAGCCCGCCGACAGCCUCGAGUUUGAUGACGACGACAUUGGCUUCAACGAUGAUGUCGAAGAGGCUGUUCCCACACCUAACUCGCCCCUCGGCAAGCGUUCCUUCGACGAGCAUGUCGGCCAAGAUGACGUCCCUGAAGAGCAGGAGCCCAAAAAAGCUCKAUCAUGA